AUGAUUCUUUCCCUCCCGGACCCGCCCGCACUUUCCGAGGUCGGAGCCGGAGAGGCUCAGCCGCUUGCCCUUAGGGCGAGCUCACACCCGCGGGCGCCGCCUCGACCAGGGUUUUAUCUUCUCGGUACGCGCGGGAAGCCAGGCCUCGGCCCCGGGGGCGGGAAGCGGGCGGGCGCCUCUCCCCGGCCCCGCAGCCGCUCCCGACACGGCGGCCGUGUCGUCCCCCGGGGCCGGGCCGGGCGCGGCGCGCUCGCUCACCAUGGUGCAGCGCCGCUCUCGCUAGCGGGACGCGUCCUGCUCCAUAGCUCCCGCCUUCGCGCCAACCGCCGCGGAACGGCGCCACGCGUGAUGAGGCUGUACCUCGAAUCCUGUGUUCAUUUCUGGGCCCCUCAUUACAAGGAAGACGUUGAGGCCCUGGAGCGCGUCCGGAAAAGAGCGACAGAGCUGGUGAAGGGGCUGGAGAACAAGUCUUAUGAGGAGCGGCUGGAGAAGAGGAGGCUGAGGGGAGGCCUUAUUGCUCUCUACAACUACCUGAAAGGAGGUUGUAGUGAGGUGGAUGCUGGUCUCUUCUUCCAAGUGACGGGACAGGACAAGGGGGAAUGGCCUCAAGCUGCAACAGGGGAGGUUCAGGCUGAACAUUUGGAAAAUAUUUUUCCCAGAAAGGGUCAUUGGGCACUGGCAGAGGCUGCCCGGGGAGGUGGUUGAGUCCCCAUCCCUGGAGGUGUUUAAAAGAUGGGUAGACGAGGUGCUCAUGGACAUAGUUUAGUGGCAGAUAGGAAUGGUUGACUGGAUGAUCCAAGAGGUCUUUUCCAACCUAGUGAUUUUAUGAUUCUAUGAGUCUCUCGUUUGUCCCUUGCAGAAUGAAGUAUAUGGAAGAUUAAUUGAGACUAAGGUAAAGCAUGAAGCAGGUACCAAGGAUAUUAUAAAAAAACAUUAAUUAAAAGACUAGGUGUUCUGAACUAGGCACACAGGGUAAUGAAUCUUGAAUGUGUGAGAAGGCCACCCUGGAAAAAAAGCACCCGGGAAUAAGUGAGUUGGAGAUAUGAUUGAAAACAGUCACGAGAGUGUGGAACAGACAAAACAAAAAACAUCCUGUUGUCUCUUUAAUUCGGGAACCAAAAAGCUGUAGAAAGAUCUGCCGGAAUGAGAGAAGCCAGUGUGAUUUUCUUAAUUUUACUCCUGUAUGCCAUGCUGAUUAAAAGAAUAUGCUUAGAGAAAACAAUGAGGUCUGCGUCUCCUUCAUCGCCACAGAUAGGUACAGUUGCACCUGGUCAUCUCAAAGGUCUUUUCCAACGUAGGGAUUCUGUGAUCC